AUGGACGUUCUGUGUUGGCUGCUGCUGCUGCUCCUACUGCUGUGCACGCAGCCGCACCAUGGCGCCAGAGCAAUGAAUGACAUUGGGGACUACGUGGGCUCCAACCUGGAGAUAUCCUGGCUCCCCAACCUGGAUGGCCUAAUGGAGGGCUAUGCUCGGAACUUCCGACCAGGCAUUGGAGGUCCUCCUGUGAAUGUGGCACUUGCCCUAGAGGUGGCCAGCAUUGACCACAUCUCAGAAGCAAACAUGGAAUACACCAUGACGGUGUUCCUGCACCAGAGCUGGCGAGACAGCAGGUUGUCCUACAACCAUACCAACGAGACCCUAGGCCUAGACAGCCGCUUUGUGGACAAGCUGUGGCUCCCUGACACCUUCAUUGUGAAUGCCAAGUCUGCCUGGUUCCAUGAUGUGACCGUGGAAAACAAGCUUAUCCGCCUACAGCCCGACGGGGUGAUUUUAUACAGCAUCCGCAUCACCUCCACAGUGGCCUGUGACAUGGACCUCGCCAAGUACCCCAUGGAUGAGCAGGAGUGCAUGCUGGACCUAGAGAGCUAUGGCUACUCUUCUGAAGACAUAGUCUAUUAUUGGUCAGAAAACCAGGAGCAGAUCCACGGACUGGACAGGCUGCAGCUGGCCCAGUUCACUAUCACCAGUUACCGCUUUACCACGGAGCUGAUGAACUUCAAAUCGGCGGGCCAGUUCCCACGGCUCAGCUUGCACUUCCAGCUUCGGAGGAACCGGGGUGUCUACAUCAUCCAGUCUUACAUGCCCUCUGUCCUCCUGGUUGCCAUGUCCUGGGUCUCCUUCUGGAUUAGCCAGGCAGCGGUGCCUGCCAGAGUAUCUUUAGGCAUCACCACUGUGCUGACAAUGACCACGCUCAUGGUCAGUGCCCGCUCCUCCCUGCCACGGGCUUCAGCUAUCAAGGCUCUGGAUGUGUAUUUCUGGAUCUGCUACGUCUUUGUGUUUGCUGCCCUGGUGGAGUAUGCAUUUGCCCACUUCAAUGCUGACUACAGGAAGAAACGGAAAGCCAAGGUCAAGGUCACGAAGCCAAGGACAGAGAUGGAUGUGAGGAAUGCCAUCGUCCUUUUCUCCCUCUCAGCUGCUGGGGUCAGUCAGGAGUUGGCUAUCUCCCGCCGUCAAGGCCGGGUGCCUGGGAACCUCAUGGGUUCCUAUAGGUCUGUGGAAGUGGAGGCCAAGAAGGAAGGAGGGUCCCGCCCAGGGGGCCCAGGAGGAAUCCGUUCCAGACUCAAACCCAUCGACGCAGACACCAUCGACAUUUAUGCCCGCGCUGUGUUCCCAGCAGCUUUUGCAGCAGUCAACAUCAUCUACUGGGCUGCAUACACCAUGUGA